AUGUAUCCUACUUCUAAUCAUGAGAUCUUAACUGAUAUUUCAACGGAAGGGUUGCCGGAAGAAUACAUUAAAAAUCCAAGAAAUAAAGACAGUUUUAUCAAAUACUACGAUAAUGGUAUUGAUAAUUGGGGAUACAAUUCACGAAUUCUUUCAUUAGCCGAUUAUUUUGAAGGUAAUUCUCAUCAUGUUCAUCAUGUAUUCUAUAAUAAUCAACAACAAUCACUUAUGACUCGUGGGAAACGAGUAGAAAAUCGUACUUUCAUAGAUUUGAAACUUAUAAGAUGUACCACUGGUAAAGGAGGUAAUGGUGCUAUUACAUUUUUCCGUGAUGCUAAUCGACCAUUAGGACCACCUGAUGGUGGUGAUGGAGGAGAUGGGGGAUCUAUAUAUUUCACAGUGGUUGAUAAAAAUAUGAGUUCAUUACAUAGAUUAAAAAGGACCUAUGAAGCUGGGAAUGGUGUUAAUGGGAAAGGGUCACAAUUAGAUGGUAAGAGAGGUGAUGAUAUAAUCAUUGAAAUUCCAGUGGGGACAACUAUAAAAUGGAUACCUGAUCCAUUAACCUUAAGGAAAUAUCUUAGUAGAAGAGAAGGAGAAAAAUUAGAUGAUAUAAAAUUGAAAAUUCAAUGUGAUCAAUUUAAUAAUAUUCAAUUAAUUAGAGAAACAAAUUGGACUGUGGGUGAAGGAUGGAGUUUUACAGAAGGAGAUCGAGAAUUUUAUGAAACUCGAGAUUAUUUUAAUGAAUUGAAUGAAAAAGUGAAAGAAAAUGAUCAUGAAAUCAUUCAAGAAGAAUUAAAAUUCGAUACAUUUCCAAUAUUAGGCUUAGAUUUAAGUAAACCAACUUCCAAACCUGAAUUAUUAUUAAAAGGUGGUAAAGGUGGUAUGGGGAAUAUGCAUUUUUUAACUAAAGAUAUUCGUAAUCCAAACUUUAGUAAAAAGGGGAGAGAAGGUAUAACAUCAUUUUUUUUACUUGAAUUAAAAUUAAUUGCUGAUUUAGGAUUAGUUGGAUUACCUAAUGCAGGAAAAUCAACUUUAUUAAGAUCAAUUUCAAAGGCCAGACCAAGAGUUGGACAUUGGGAAUUCACUACUUUACAACCAACUGUAGGAACAAUAUUCACAACUAUUGAUGAAGAUCCAUUCACAGUAGCUGAUAUUCCUGGUAUUAUUAAAGGAGCAUCUGAAAAUAAAGGUAUGGGAUUAGAUUUCUUAAGACAUAUUGAAAGAUGUGCUGGAUUAGUAUUUGUUAUAUCAUUAGAAUCGAAAAAUCCAAUUAUAGAUUUAGAAGUAUUAUUGAAUGAAGUGGGUGAGAAACGUAUGAAGGAUAAGAAGAUUUUAAUUGUGGCUACCAAAGCUGAUUUAAAUGAAGAUGGUGAGAAUUAUAUGAAUUUAAAACAAUAUAUUGAACCGAAAGGAUGGAAGAUUGUACCAGUUUGUGCAAUGAAGGGUCAAAAUGUUGAAACUUGUAUUAAAUUGAUGAGUGAAGUAGCUUAUCUGGGUAAGAAAUAA